CAGACGCGUUCAAAAUUUUAACACCUUUUCAGUCAGUCCUGGGUUUUUUUUUUUUUUUCUUUCUUUCUUUUUAAUGCUUAAGGUUUGUGUAUCUGCUGUUUGUAAAUAUUCCCGUGUUUUGUCUGGAGAGACAGCAGAAGACAGCAGCAGCAUCGAUCAAUGGCUAGCAGAUCAGCUGUUCAAAAACACAACUGUAUCCAAUACUAAUAAAGAUGCACAGAAUGAGCCAUAAGCACAUCAAAUGAGCGGUUUGACGGGAAUCUACCAGUGACAUCAUGAAUCUGGUCCGUCUUGUAUGUCGUCAUAAGACAGCCCUGGCACUCGGUGUCCUUUUCCUGUUUGCCUUAGUCCUCCUCUUCCUCGCCAAAUGUACAUCUGAGACACUAAAGCCAGCUGAAUCCCCUGGGAUGGCACCACAAGAUGAGUCAAGACAGAAGCAGCCAGCAGGGUCUCUUCGUGCCAAAGAGCUCUCAGCAUUCCUAGUGGUUCUCAUCACCACGGGGCCAAAGUACACAGAGCGGCGAAGUAUAAUUCGGAGCACCUGGCUGACCAAGCAGGAUCCCGAAGUGCUCUAUUGGUUUGUCAUCGGCACAGAGGGUCUACCAGCUGAAGACCUUCAGAACCUUGGAACCGAGCAGGUCCGUCAUCACGACCUCCUCUUGCUCCCUGACCUCCGGGACUCGUACGAAAACCUCACGCAAAAGCUGCUCCAUAUGUACACGUGGUUGGACCAGAACGUGGAAUUCAAAUUUGUCCUGAAGGCUGAUGACGACACUUUCGCUCGCUUGGAACUCCUCAAGGAGGAGCUGAAGACUAAGGAGCCCAACCGCCUGUACUGGGGCUUCUUCUCUGGUCGUGGGAGAGUUAAAACGGCCGGGAAAUGGAAAGAAAGUGCAUGGGAAUUGUGUGACUACUAUUUGCCCUAUGCUCUGGGUGGGGGCUACGUGCUUUCGUCCGACCUUGUGCACUACGUUCGUCUCAAUGCAGGGUUUCUAAAGACGUGGCAGAGUGAAGAUGUGUCCUUAGGUGCAUGGUUGGCCCCCGUGGACGUGAAACGGCUUCACGAUCCACGCUUUGACACAGAGUACAAGUCACGCGGAUGCAGCAAUAAGUACCUGGUUACUCACAAGCAGAGUUUAGAGGACAUGUUGGAGAAGCAUCAGACGCUAGAAAGAGACAAGCGUUUGUGCAAAGAAGAAGUUAAACUGAGACUGUCCUACAUUUACGACUGGAGCGUCCCGCCUUCUCAGUGUUGCCAACGCAAAGAUGGCAUCCCUUGACUUUUCGACACCCCUGAUCUUGUGUAUUUCUUUCACCUUGCUAAUUUAUUUAUUUAUUUAUUUAUUUAUUAUCAAUGUUGUGUAUAACUGCAAUGGCAUUUCUGAAACUUUGGAAAAUACUAUUUUAACUCUCAUUGUAAUAUUAUGGAAUUGGAGAGGAAAAGCUGCUAUGCUGGAAUUUUGAGCUGCAUAUAAGGUGUUCUCCCUUUAUUAGGCUGCCUAACAAGAGCUCAACUACAGCCUGGUUUUACCAGUGGAUGAUUGUAAGAUUCUGGGUCAAAAGUGGUUUUUGCAAUCAGAUAUUUCUACUGUAUUGUCUGUAUAGACAUUCUUAACUUUAUAUAUAUUUAUUAAUUAUUAUAUAACUCAUAUAUAUAUAUAUGAGUGCCUUGCAAAAGUAUUCAGAAC